AUGAAAGGUGGGAUCUUGGAGGUUUUUCUUGAGAGUGCAAAAGGCAUUAGGCACACCAAUCUCAUUGGUAAACCAAAGUACUAUGUCAUCAUCGAAUGUGGGAUUCAACAGAAUAAAAGCAAAUCAUCAAAGGGCGAUCAUCACAAAGUUUCUUGGAACGAGAAAUUCAACUUUGAGUUGUCAAUGUCUGAAUAUCAGAAGUUGACACAUUUAAGAUUGAGAAUCAUGGAUAAAGAGUUAUUUGCAAAUGAUACUGGAUUUGUUGGCGAAGCCAAGAUUUAUCUUGAAGAAAUACUUGUUGAAGGAAAUGAGAAAGGACUCAUAGAAGUGGCACCAAAACCAUACAAUGUGGUUCUUGAUGAUGAAACUUACAAAGGGGAAAUCAAAAUUGGACUCAAGUUCAUUCCCAAUGCAGUCAUCAAAGAAGUGGGGAGAGGAAUCAAUGCAAUAGAAAGAGAUACUGACGACACGAUAUGGAAUAAAUUGGUGGAAAUGUGCAAAAUUUCAUGGUGUAGGCUUUCUAUUUAUGGCAGAAAACUAAAACCUAGUGAAUAUAAGCGAAUCUAA